UCGGAGUCGGGUCUACUUUCUGAAGGGUUUUUAGGGUUUAAGCCAUUUAGCUGAAUUUCUGCGUUUUUCUUUGGAUUGUCAACUACGAAGACGAUGACCUCCAUGGCUGUUCUGUCAAGAAGGCUCUUCCGCUCUUUCCUGUCGAAUUCUAAAGCUUCUAAUCACCACGACGUCCUACCCGUGAUCUAUAGCUCGAAGAAUCUUUCCUUCCGCUCGGUCUCAGACAUCGGCGAGUCCAGUAUUGACUCGGACAUGGACUUGGGCUCACAUUCAGUAUCUAAUCGACCUUCUCUCUCACCGUCCUCGUCCCAGUCUUCAUCCCAGACGAGAACCAUCUAUAAUCGACCUCUGGAAAAUGGCCUCGAUGCUGGCAUUUAUAAGGCUAUAUUGGUGGGUCAGGUGGGGCAAAGUCCAUUGCAGAAGCAGCUGAAAAGUGGGAGAACAGUGACGCUGUUAUCAGUUGGUACGGGUGGUAUUCGUAAUAAUCGGAGACCCUUGGCUAACGAGGAGCCCAGAGAGUAUGCAAAUCGGUGCGCAGUUCAGUGGCAUCGGGUUUCGAUUUAUCCUCAGAGACUGGGCGAUGUUGUCAUGAAGCAUGUUGUGCCCGGUUCAAUUUUGUAUUUGGAGGGGAAUUUAGAGACCAAAAUCUUCACUGAUUCAACCACUGGUCUUGUUCGACGCAUUAGAGAAGUUGCCAUUCGUCGCAGUGGCCGCCUGGUAUUUUUGGGCAAGGGAGAAGGUGAUGUUCAGCAAUCUACUCAAUCAGAAUUCAGAGGUGUUGGCUAUUACUAAGAGAUGUUGCUUGCUGUGUUGUCAUAUGAAGGUCUGAAUGACCCACUUUUCUCUCUAAAUGCUGUGUGAUGAUUUCGCUUCAGAUUAGUUGCAACAAGGCAAUUACAUGGCCUUGUGAUGAUUCCCUUUCCCCCACCAUUUGUCAAGUGAUGAAUGUUUUUGGUUUAGGGUUUAGGGUUUUUGGCAAUUGAUGAAUGAUUCCCUUUCCCCCACCCUUUGUCAAGUGAUGAAUGUUUUUGGUAGCUAUAUGAUUGAGAGAGAAAUGAAAUCCAAAGUUGACUUGGCUUUCUCUAUGCAACUUAUUGUUUUUCAAUUGUGCAAACGACACCCUGUUUUUUU